GUCAAGUGCCUCAACCGGAUUUUUGUUCGACGCUCGCCUCUCACUUCCACGCUAGAGUACUUCAGCAAAAAGGCAGAAAUGUCUCUACCGAAGGUCUAUUUCGACAUGCAGGCCAACAACCAGCCCAUCGGACGGAUUGUUAUGGAGCUCCGAAGUGAUGUAGUGCCCAAGACUGCAGAGAAUUUCCGUGGUCUUUGUACCGGAGAGAAAGGUUUUGGUUACAAAGGCUCAACUUUUCACCGUGUAAUCUCUAAGUUCAUGUGCCAAGGAGAUGAUUUUACCAAACACAAUGGUACCGGUGGAAAAUCAAUCUACGGAGGUCAAUUCAACGAUGAGAAUUUCCAACUUAAGCACACUGGACCUGGCAUCUUGUCUAUGGCUAAUGCUGGAGCCAACAACAAUGGCAGUCAGUUUUUUAUUACAACUGCAAAGACUGCCUGGCUGGACAACAGGCAUGUUGACUUUGGGAGUGUCGUUGAAGGUAUGGAUGUUGUUAAGACCCUCGAGUCCUAUGGAUCUCAAAGUGGAAAAACUUCUAAAGUUAUCACUGUUGCCGAUUGUGGACAACUUUCAUAAGAAUACGCAAAACUAAGUUAAAUUGCUGCAUUUAAAUUUAGGCUGGAAAUUAAGCAAACACA